AUGUCCAAGGGUAUCCAAUAAGAAAAUCCAAUUCUAAAUAAUAUUAAUAUAGUUUAUUUUCGAAAUAUUUAUCUCACAUCUCUUAAAUGGGAAUAUUAAUAACUUUGUAAUUAAAAUGAAGUUUAUUAAAAUGUAAAUUAUAGCUUUAGUUUGUUUGAGAUUGAUAACUUGAAUAAAAAUCAUAGUUUUGAGGUAUAAGGAUUAAAUUUUUAGUCUAUUUUAUAUAGUAUUUCAGAAUAUCACAUUUUACGAAUAAAGGGUAUAUUUUAAAUCAUAAAUCGAAUACAUUCUAUUUGA